CAAACCACCAAACCGAUCUCUCCAUCCCACAACCCACAACCCACACACUCUUUGGCGCCAGGCAGCAAAUAUGGCCAACUACCUUGCCUCUAUCUUCGGUACAGAGCAGGACAAAGUUAACUGUUCGUUCUAUUACAAGAUUGGUGCUUGUCGCCAUGGCGAUCGCUGCUCGCGCAAACACGUUAAGCCUUCGUAUUCCCAGACAAUUUUGCUCCCAAACCUCUACCAAAACCCGGCGUUCGACCCAAAGAACAAGAUGAAUACCUCACAGCUACAGAACCAUUUCGACGCUUUCUACGAGGACUUUUUUUGCGAAAUGUGCAAGUACGGUGAGGUCGAGGAGGUUGUUGUGUGCGACAACAAUAAUGACCAUUUGAUCGGCAACGUCUACGCUCGGUUCAAGUACGAAGAGGACGCUCAAACUGCCUGCGAUGCUCUAAAUGCAAGAUGGUACGCUGCCCGUCCAAUCUAUUGUGAGCUAUCGCCCGUCACAGAUUUUAGGGAAGCUUGCUGCAGAUUGAACAGUGGCGAAGGCUGUGUCAGAGGUGGAUUUUGCAACUUCAUCCACAGGAAGGAACCCAGCAAAGACCUAGAACGCGAGUUAGAACUGGGGAUGAAGAAAUGGUUGCGCGCGAGAGGCAGAGAUAGGCGCAGUGUAUCGCGCAGUGUUUCUCCUAAUGGAGAAUCCAGAAGACGCAAGGAGGCUUGAAUCCUCCACUCCAAAUCUCUCCUAAUACCUUGAUAGCCUGCUUUUGAGCUUUGUUGUUGCUAGAGCGGAUAUGUACUAUAACUAUUUUUAGGACCUUAACGUCUUCUUUCCUGUCCUGCUACCCUGGACUUGUGGCUUUCUUUUGGAUCAAAGGCUUUCAAUUCAAACAAUAAGGCCAUUCAGGAUGUCCCCUUA